UCCGCCUUCCGGCCGGAUGUUGCGGCUGUCCGAGCGCCGGGUUCCCCGCGCUCCAUGGCGUCCACACGCGCUGGACCGGCAGAGCUGGGCUUCGCGGAGGCGGCGCCGGCGUGGCGGCUGCGCAGCGAGCAGUUCCCCAGCAAGGUGGGCGGGCGGCCGGCGUGGCUCGGUGAGGCCGGGCUGCCAGGGCCCGCGGAGCUGGCCUGCACGCUGUGCGGCCGCCCGCUGGCCUUCGUGCUGCAGCUGUACGCGCCCCUGCCCGGCAGAGCCGACGCCUUCCAUCGCGCCCUAUUCCUCUUCUGCUGCCGGGCGCCGCCGUGCUGCGCCGGCCUGCGCGUUUUUAGAAAUCAGCUACCAAGGAAAAAUGACUUUUACUCCUAUGAACCACCUUCUGAGUCUCCUCCUCCUGAGACAGGAGAAUCCGUGUGCCUCCAGCUCAAGUCUGGAGCUCAUCUCUGCAGGGUUUGUGGCUGUUUAGGACCCAAAACAUGCUCUAGAUGUCACAAGGCACAUUACUGCAGUAAGGAGCAUCAGACUCUAGAUUGGAAAUUAGGACAUAAACAGGCUUGUACACAAUCAGAUAAUUUGGACAAUACAGUUCCAGACCACAAUUUCCUUUUUCCAGAAUUUGAAAUUGUAAUAGAAACAGAAGAUGAGAUUACACCUGAAGUUGUAGAAACAGAUGAAUCGGAGAUUACAGGGAGCAUGGGUGAAGCACCUGAGGAAGAACUGGAUUCUAUGGCAAAACAUGAAUCCAGGGAAGAUAAAAUUUUCCAGAAGUUUAAAACUAAAAUAGCCACAGAACCAGAGCAGAUUCUCAGAUACGGCCGAGGGAUUGCCCCCAUCUGGAUCUCCGGUGAAAAUAUCCCACAGGAAAAGGACAUUCCAGAUUGCCCCUGUGGUGCCAGGAGGCUAUUUGAAUUCCAGGUCAUGCCUCAGCUGCUCAACUACCUAAAGGCCGACAGACUGGGCAGGAGUGUCGAUUGGGGUGUCCUGGCCAUCUUCACCUGCGUCGAAAGCUGUAGACAAGGCACUGGCUACACCGAGGAGUUUGUUUGGAAACAAGAUGUAACAGAUACACCUUAAAGACCCCGUCGUCAAGCUUUGAAAUGCUUGUGAUCUCUUAGACCUCGCUGUUCCAGUUGUUAGGACUUUGCCCUAAGGAAGUAAUUGUACCAGAGAUCGAGGUACAGAGACCUUGUUUUAGGCAUUGUUUCCAAUGUCUAAAUAGUAGGGAAGCAGAAAUGUCCAAUGAUGGAAUUCCAUACAUUUUGGGAUAUCUGUACAGUGGAAGGCUAUGCAGUUUUUAUGAUAGAGACCUGCGUGCACACCAAGUAUGAUAAAGAUCUAAAUUGACACCCUGAUACUUUUAUAGGUGGUAUUCAUAGUAUGACUAGGUUUUUGUAAAAAUAUCUGUGUAUGUGUAGAGCACAGAAAUCAAUCUGGAAAACACAUACUAGGUGGGCUGAAUGGUGGGCUAAGUGAAACAAUUUUCUUAUAUGUAUAUUUCUUCAAUAAAGAUGGGUUAAAUGUGCCUAAUUAAGUCAAACCACUCAGAUCAUUUUCUCCCCUGAAAUUUGCAUAGUUACAGAGAAAAAUAUUUGGGUAUAAUCGCAAAGGGAUGGUCUGCUGGUGAUUGUCUGUCACAGGCUCUAGUAUUCGUGGAAGCCUAGACGUGAAAAUACUGGGCCGUGAGUAGAGAGGGAUGCCCAACAGUUCUGAAAUAGCUGCAGUUAGGAUCAGGAGAAGGUUUGCGAUCAGACAGCCUGACUUUGAAACUGACCUUGGUCAGCCAGUGGUCAGCGUACAGAUGAGACUGACAGGCGAGAGCACUGGUCUCCCUUUGCACCUCACACCGUUGUGCACAGGCAAGGAAACCAGACUAAGGUGCAGGAUUGGGCCGUCGGGAUUCCCUAGGGCGCCCCAGGGACAUCUGGCCCAGAGCUCAGCUUUCAGAUGUGGGACAGUGUUAGCACAGUGGUUUCUGAACCUCUGCCCUCAACCGUCCUGAGGCUCCCGCAGCCCCAAGCGGUGUAGUUCCCUUGUGAGAAGCCCUGCUUCCCAUAGCCCCAGGGACACCUGCUCAGCACAGGCAAAGCUGCUGGCUGCUGUUAGCUAAUUCUGGUGACUUUCUCAUGGUUACUGGGUCGCUCUUCACACGCCCUGCUAACCCUGAAAGGCACUGCCACUGUACACACUGCUUUGGAGGUGACAGUGUUUGUUGAUGUCCUUGAGUACUUGGCUUUAUACAUCCAAGUCCUGGCUGAGUGGUCCGCGUUGUGUGCUGCACGUAUGUACACGUAACUCGUAGAGACAUGCACAUAAAACAGUGCCACGAAACCGCAGCAUGAAAUUCCCAUGGGGAGACUGGUUACAUACAAUGUUUAAAGACGGAGGGAAUGGUAUUAAAUUGAAAUCAUAAUCACCCAUAACUAUGGUGAGACAGCCCAUGGUUACUGGAGGACAUGUGAAAAGUUCCCAUCAACUGGUGGCAAGGGUCAUGUUUGGUAAGUAUCUCAGUGGCUUCUGGAAAAUGACUCGUGGGACCUUCAAAUUAUAAGUAAUACUCAUAAUCAGGAUAUGUUACAUAUAGUUAAGUUUUGCAAAACAGAAAAGCAUCCUGACUGCUAAGGAUUUUCCAGCAAAUUCAUUAAGGUCUGUUCCUGGAGACAUUACCAGACGACGUGGACCUUCUUACAGGCAUGUUGGUGUCAUCAGCCAAACUGUCCUUUAGGUGUGUAUCCCCAGCAAGCUCUGGAGAUGAUGGUGAGAGUUCACAGGCCCUCUCCAUUGGGAGACAGCUAGCCCAAAUCACCAGAAAGUAAGUGUCACAGCGCCCACUUGGUGACCGUGUUAAAAACAGCUAACACUAAACCAGUUUCCUGAAAAGGAAAUAACUUGGUCCCGUUUAUAAUAGCAUCGAAAACAAUAAAAUACUUAGGAGUAAAUUUAAGGAGGUGAAAGGUCUCUAUUCUGACAACUACAAGACACUGAUGAAAGAAAUUGAAGACAAAUAAAUGGAGAGGGAUCCGUGUUCCAGAUUGGAAGAAUUAAUGUUGUUAAAAUGUUACUGCCAAAAGCUAUCUAUAGAUUCAAUGCAGUCCCUGUCAAGAGUCCAGUAGCAUUUUUCACAGGAGAAAAAACUCUUCAAAUGUAUAUGAAACCACAAAAGACACAGAACAGCCAAAGAAAACCUGAGAAAGAAGAACAAAGAAGGAGGUACCAUACUUCCUGAUUUCAAGCUAUAUUAUAAAGCAAGUCAUCAAAACACUGUGGUAAUGGCCUAAAAACAGAGAAAUAAACCAAUGGAACUGAAUUGAGCCCAGAAAUAAACCCACGUCUAUAUGGUCAACUAAUACGUGACAAGGGAGCCAAUACUCAGUGGAGAAGAGUCUUUUCAAUAAGUGGUGCUGAGAAAAUUGGAUAUUCACAUGUAAAAAAAAAGUGCAACUGGACCCAUUUCUUACACCACUCAAAAAUUAACAAAAUGGAUUAAAGACUUCACUGUAACACCUGAAGUCAUGUAACUUUGGCCUAGAAUGCUGCUUGUAGUCUCAGCAGGCUGCUAAAUUUCUACUCAUCAGUUGAUCCUAACUUUUCUAUGAGUCAGGACCCUUAGUUGCAAAUGACAUAACUGAAAUCAUUUAAGUGGAAAGGGGUUCAUAUAGAUGUGGAGCUGGCUUAAGACUAAAUAGGGACUAGGAUGGUUCGGGAGCACGUGCUCCCCCUCUCGCUCUCCACCCCGCACCCCUGCCAUCCUCUGGGUCUUAAUGUAGACAGGCUUGUUCUGCAGCAGAAGACACUGGGACCCAGCUUUGAACCCUACUGAACACAUGAGAGAUGUCUCCUUUGGCUUCAGGAUAACUUCAUCCCAGGAAGGGUUCCUGCCCAUCACCCAAGAACCCUGCUGGGCCCAGACGGCCUGUCCUGACCGCUCAGCCCCACUGUAGACAGCACCCCAAUAACCUGUCUUCUGACAGAGCUGAGUCCUGGUCUGCGCACCCUUUGACAACUCAGAAUGCACCAUAACAAAUAUGUUUCAAUGCUUUCGACAUUCAUAUUGAUGGUGAUCUUGUUAUUGUAAGACUGUGUGUUUUCAUGUGGGAUAAAUAACUACCCAUAGGGUAUUUUAAGUCAUCCCGUGUGUUUUUAAAAAGUAAGAAUUCUCAGUGUAAAAGGUAAUAAAUAUUAAAGAAUCGAUCAAAUAAAACCCCUAUGGUCCUGAAUUUGAGUUGGGUAUAUCUGUGAAUUCAUGAGGUAUUUUACCUUGAAAAUUUUCAAAGGGAAAAACGCAAGCACUUAUCCUGGUGUAUGAAGUGCAUCACUUUAAAAAAGUAUUCAAUGAACAUAUGAAAAACAAAUGAAACUAUUAGAAUUUCACCAUUUGCAACCCACUAACAAAUUAAUGGAUCGAUGAGAAGAGAAACAACCAAACACUUGAUUCCUAACGAAAGAACACGCCACUUGCAGUCUUUACAAAAGGGAUCAAGGCUCUGGAUACAGCGGCCCAUUCACAGGAACCAGAGAACGAUGCCCACACUGAACUGCACCGUGAGUGUGCAAACAGCAAAACACAGGAUAGGAAACCACCAGCCAAACAGCCUGAAACGUUAAGGAAAAGAGAUGGAGAGGAAACUUCAGGAAUAAAGGAAUAAAUCUUCAGGAAUAAAUAUCUUUUUUUUUUUAAAUGGAAGACUAACCUCUAUUAGGGUAAUGGAUAUUUACAGGGGGUCGUGGGGCUGGUGGCUGGAUUGGAGCCGAAAGAGGGGCUUCUGGGAUGGCCGACAAGGUUCUAGGUGGUUUUUGCAGGGUCAGAGAGAGAAUUACGGGCAGUGUUAUGUGGGAAGGGGGAGGCGUUCAAUAUAUGGAGGGCAGUAAGGACCUCUUUCGUGAGCAGCCUUACAUUUUCAGGCAGUUCAUCUACUUUCAGUGCAACGGACAAUGAAAUGUGGAUUGAGACAGCAAGCAAGCAGACACACACUGAAAUGGUUUCAGGCAUUAUAUCUGAAAUACAACUUUUUCACAGUAUGACCACAUGGACCUUACAGGGCACCAUUUAUAACACCAACCUAACACUUUAUAAACAGCAUUUAUUGUACAGAGCA